CUGCACUGAGUCUGAGAAAUUAUUUUAAUACUAGAGAAAGACACAAGGUGACAACAUGCCGACGAGAGACAGGAGCCUCAAAAAGCUCAGAAAAAUGAAGGAGAAGGCUAGAAGUCGUGUUAAAACUGAGCUGACAAGUUUGAAGGCUGCUCAAGAGGUUGACGGAGAGGAGGUGGUUCCAGACAAGGUAGUCAAGGAGGAAACUUAUGUGGCAAGCCCUGACGUUACAGUCAAAAAGAGAAAAGCCACUAUACCAGUGCAUUCACCAAAGACAAAGAAAAAGAGAACUGAAGAGGUUGAGUCUGAAGAUGUAAGCAGUGAUGAGGAUCAAGAUGAUUUAGCUGAAGUCAGUGGAGCUGGUGAGGGUAGUGGAGUGGGUGGUGGAGCUGGUGAGGGCAGUGGAGUGGGUAGUGGAGCUUGUGAGGGUAGUGGAGAGGAUGGUGUACUUUGUGGAGUGAGAUUGGGUGAAGACAGACGUUUCAGUUCCCUUGCUGACUGUGUAUCGGACAAAACGCUGAAAGCUAUUAGUGAGAUGGGCUUCACUGAGAUGAUGGAGAUACAGCACCGAUCCAUCCGACCUCUACUCGAGGGAAAAGACCUGAUGGGUGCAGCUCAGACAGGAAGUGGGAAGACUCUUGCGUUCCUCGUGCCUGCUGUGGAGCUACUUCAUCGACUCAACUUCCUGCCUAGAAAUGGUACGGGUGUGAUCAUCAUCUCUCCCACGAGGGAACUCUCCCUACAAACAUAUGGCGUGGUGACAGACCUAAUGCAAUAUCACCAUCACACCCACGGCAUUGUAAUGGGUGGAGCCAAUCGGAGGACUGAGGCGGACAAGUUGUGUAAAGGAGUCAAUCUAGUGGUGGCAACUCCUGGACGACUGUUGGACCACUUGCAGAACACAUCGGGUUUCCUGUCCAAGAAUCUCCAGUGUCUAAUCAUCGACGAAACCGACAGAAUCUUGGAGAUUGGAUUUGAGGAGGAAAUGAAACAGAUCAUUCGUUUGCUUCCCAAGAAUCGCCAAACUGUUCUGUUCUCUGCUACUCAGACCCGUAAUGUGGAGGACUUGGCUCGCAUCUCUCUCAAGAAAGCUCCCCUGUAUGUGGGUGUGGAUGACCACAAGGAGGCCUCCACUGUGGACGGACUAGAGCAGGGGUACGUGGUGUGUCCGUCAGAGAAGAGGUUUCUUCUCUUGUUCACCUUCCUCAAGAAGAACCUUCGUAAGAAAGUGAUGGUCUUCUUCUCUUCUUGUAACUCUGUCAAGUUCCACUCGGAGCUCCUCAACUACAUUGACAUGCCCGUACUCGAUAUUCACGGUCGUCAGAAACAACAGAAAAGAACAUCAACGUUCUUGGAGUUUUGUCAGGCAAAAGAGGGUGUGCUCCUGUGUACUGACGUAGCUGCCAGAGGUCUGGACAUCCCCGAGGUGGACUGGAUAGUGCAGUACGACCCUCCAGACGAUCCAAAGGAGUAUAUUCACCGCGUGGGGCGUACAGCAAGGGCAGGGGGACGAGGCCACGCCCUCCUCUUCCUGCUCCCAGAGGAGCUCACUUUCCUCAAGUAUCUCAAGCACGCAAAGGUGCCACUGAGCGAGUACGAGUUUGCUAACAAGAAACUCAGCAAUGUGCAAUCUCAGCUUGAGAAUCUUAUAGUGAAGAACUACUACCUGCAUCGCUCUGCCCGUGAUGGCUACCGCUCUUAUCUCCACUCGUACGCCUCUCACUCCCUCAAGGUUGUGUUCAAUGUGGAGCAGCUGGACCUGGUUAGGGUUGCCAGGGCCUUUGGAUUCACCACUCCUCCCAGUGUCACUCUUAGUGUCCACAGUGGGAGUGGCAAGAAAGGCAAGGCUCCUCAGAGGGGGGGAGCAAGAGGAGGUGGUUACGGAUGGCAGAGCAGAAAAGCUGAUGAGAAAUCACAAAAAUUCAGGAAAUGGAAACCAGCUACCGACAAGAGACAAUUUUCCCACUAAACUAUGAAGCCAUUUAUUAAUAGCUGUUCAAUGUUGUACUCGCACCCUGUGUCAGUAUUCACUAUGGUGUUAUUUUGUGAUGCAUUUUUAUGUG